AUGGGUCUCUCGGAUUUCCUAUCUGCACGGUUCCGUCGCCAAUCCUCCACAGCUUCCUCAAUAUCUAUCAGUCUGGAUCCCAAUAGGCCUGUCAUCAAGAACGUCCAGAAGGAAAUUGACUUUGCUCUGAUCCUUCUUCGAUUCCAGAACCCUCGAGAACUAUUCGCCUUCUCUCCAGUCUGCAUCUCCUUCGGAUUCUCACUGAUCCAUUCUGGAGCCGCCGGAAGUACCAAGGAUCAGAUUCGCGAUUUCGUUCUCAAAGGAACCUCACACAAGCACUUUGAAAAGCAUUUUGCCAAAUUGAACCACUCGCUUCUGAGAGCAGAGAAUGGUACCGAGAUGUGUAUGGCCAAUCAUUUGUUUGCAGACAUUACACUAGAAGUGAAAAACGACUAUCUGCAGAAAAUCGAAAGAUUGUUCAGAAGUGGGGUCACACAACUCCCAUUUUUUGAGAAUUCUCAUGGAUCCGCAGUGUCCAUCAACACCUUUGUUGGAAUGAAAACCAAGAACCAUAUUGGCAGGUUCAUGAAUGACUUGAACUUUCCAAUCGGUAGGAUAUCCAUGCUUACUAUAGUUAAUUUUCUAGUUUCAGGAGCUUCUACAAUUUUGGUGAACGCUGCAUAUUUCUUGUCGGACUGGAGUACCAAAUUCGACGGAGCUCAGACAACGAAGCUUAACUUCCACACAAAUCAUAUGGAGAAACGUCAAAUCGAUUUCUUAUCGAGCUCUCGUCCAGUUCUUUAUUCUGAAAACAAUGAGUUCCGAGUUCUCACUCUUCGCUAUAAAGCGGAAUCCUUCGCCAUGAGUAUUUUCCUUCCCAUCAAUCGUUUCGGAUUGAGAGAAGCUAUCAUGGGUCUGAACUCGGUGAAAGUUCAGAACCUGCUCACCAGAGCCAAUGAGGAACAAAUACAUAUCCUAAUUCCGAAGUGGAAAAUUGAGUGCGAUUUCCCUCUCACUGAUGCUAUGCCUCUGCUCGAUGUAGCUGAAAUGUGCGGACCAUUCGCUGAGCUAGAUGACAUUGCUCCGGGAGCGUCAAUCAGUCAGGUUAUGCACAAAGUGUUGAUUGAGGUUGGGGAGAACGGAACAACUUCGACUACAGAUGCUUCCUGUGAAUACCGGUGCCCACCAGACAACGUCGACUUUCUGGCUGAUCAUCCGUUUAUGUUCCUGAUCACUAAAGACCUUCACCCACUUUUUAUCGGAACUCAUUAUUGA